AUGAGGUUUCUUUCCAGACGCUAUUUAGCAUACAUGACCACGCAGACAUUCAAGACGGACGUAUUGAUAGCAGGAGGCUCAUACGCAGGAUUAUCCGCUGUAAGGGCACUUGCGGUGAAGUGGGAGGAGAAGAGGUCCCAGGGACUCACCAAGGACGUGCUUAACAUUACUCUAGUUGAGCCCAGAUCUGGGUUGCUUAACAUUUUGGGUAUACCCAGGGCUAUUGUCGACCCAGAGUUUGCCAAAACGCAGUACGUCGGGUUGGAAAAUUUAAAUUUCAAGAUCAACCAGGUUAUCUCGAACGACAAGGAAGUGGUGGAGAGAAUCAACCCUGAAGAAGCUGAAGCCGAUGCAGCUGUGAAUGUGACUUACAUCCAAGGGAAGGUCAGUGAUCUUAGCGAGAAGGAAGCCCAAUAUCUGUUAAACAAUGAAGACACCAAAGUACCCAUUCAGUUCAAGUAUGCCUUGGUUUGCACAGGAAGGGACAGAAACUGGCCCGUGACUCCGGAUGCAUUCACUCCCGAAAGCUACUUAGCCGAGAUGGACAGUUUCCGUAAGAGUAUUGAAGAUGUAGAUAUAAUCAGUAUUAUUGGAGGAGGAGCUGUUGGAGUAGAGAUGGCUGGAGAUAUCAAGCACAAAUAUCCCACAAAGACCGUUCAACUUAUCCACCCUCACCCAUUGUAUCCACCAGAACCUUUGACUGACGAAUUCAAGAAAUUGGUCCACAAGUCAUUGGUCGAUGACGGUGAAGUCAAGGCAAUUUUGAACACCAGAAUUGCCGAAGAAUUGCCAAACGGUGACCUUAAGACUACCACCGGAGAGAUUAUCAAAUCUGAUAAGAAUUACUGGUGCCACAACCAUAAAAACAAUACGGGUAUAUUCUCAGAAUCACUCAGCAAAGAGUUUGUGAAUCAGAAGAAUAAUGUUCUUGUGAAUGAAUACUUACAGUUGACUAAUGCCACCAACUUUGUAGGGCAUAUUUUUGUUUUGGGAGAUCUUGUUGAGCUUCCAAUCAUCAAGAGUGCAGGAUGGGGUUUGUACAUGGGCAGACAGUCUGCUAAUAAUGUGGUAAACUUAAUUACUGCCGGAGAAGUGGUGGAACCUAUUCCAAAUUUAGAAACAAUGCCGAAGGGUAUGGUUGUUGUUGCGGGUAGAGGAGAGAUAGUUUCUGAACUUACCAAGAUUGUUGAAUUAAACAAUGCUCAUUACGUUCAAGAGUAUAAAGAUUAUUGUUUAGGAAAAGUUAGGGCUACAUUAGACUUAUAA